AUGCAACAACAAUUCUUGGAUGAGUAUUAUACGAUGCAAAAGACUAGUGAUGCAAGAACUUCAAUAAGAACUUUUCAGCAACAAUCGGGUGAAACAUUUCAUGAAGCUUUCAAGAGGUUUAAUGAGUUGUUGAGAACUUGUCCUCACCAUGGAAUUGCUAAAUGGGAGUUGAUCACGGCUUUCUAUGAUGGUUUACUACCGGAAGAGAAAAGAGAUGUGAAUUCAAUUAGUAAUGAAACUUUCUUGACUAAUCCCGAAGAUGUUGAUUGGGAAUUCUUGGAGAAAAUGAGUGUGAAUUCGAAAAGGCAAGCUCAAUCGAAUAGGAGAGCAAGACAUCCAAUAGCUUCAUCAUCAUCUACAAGUGAUCAAGCCACUAAAGAUCGACUUAAAGCUUUGGAACGGAAGUUUGCUAAGUUGGGGAAAGUUGAAAGUCAAGGUGUUGCUCAUGUUUCUCAAGAAUAUCCAAUUUGUGAAAGUUGUGAUGAACUUGGACAUAUAGAUUUGCAAUGCCCAUUGAUCCCGGAACAAGUUGAAGAAGUUAAUAAAGUGUAUGGAGAAAAGAGACCAUUUUAUAUGAACUCCAACACUUAUCAUCCGGGAAUGAGAAACCAUCCAAAUCUUCGGUAUGGAAAUUCUUCAAAUCAACUCAAUCCGAAUUUUCAAGGAAAUAACCAAACCGGAAGAGCACCAUUUCAACCAUUCCAAGACCGAAAUUACAACCAAGGGAAUUACCAAGGUGGCCAAAACCAGGGAGGAUUCAAUAAAGGCUAUCCAAGGAACUAUCAACAAGGUAAUAACCAAGGUGGACCUUCGGGAAGCAAUAAAGUAUCAACCGGGGAGAUUAUGGAGUAUUUGAAAGAGAUGGAUAGGAAGAAUGAGAUUCGGGACAAGACGGUUGAGAGUUUGCAAAAGCAAGUAGGUCAAUUGGCGGAAGAGGUGUCCGAAUCAAGGAAGAAUCCGGGAAAGCUACCAAGUGACACGAAGAUCAAUCCACAACAUCAAAGUGGCGGUCCGAAAAAUGUCAAGAAUGUGGAGAUAAACAAUGUAAGUACCCUUCAUAGUGGUAGGAUUUAUGAUAAUAAAGUUGUGCCUCCAUCAUCACUUGUUGAUGGUGUGGUGGAGGAUGUUGAUGAUGACCAAGAUAGUGAGCAUGAACCGGAAUUUUUUUUGCCUAAACCAAGUAAAAAAGUCUCUUUUAAAGAGGUAGAAAACAAUAGGUCUAGUGAAAAAUUUUCUGAAAAACAAGGAAAGGAUAUGGAGGGUAAUACCAUUCCCUUUCCUUUGGCUUUGAUUGAUCCAAAACUUAGGCCUACACUUAAGAAAAGAGGUCCCCAUGAGGAAGAAAUGUGGGAAAUUUUUAAACAAGUGAAAAUCAAUAUACCUCUUAUUGACAUUAUUAAACAAGUUCUGGCCUAUGCUAAAUAUCUUAAGGAAUUGUGUACCCAAAAACGACAUCAUAAGCUUCCUAAGAAAAUUUUCUUGAAUGAGGAAGUGAGUGCCGUGUGA